AUGGAAUAUACUUUUGAUGAUUCUUUACUGACAUACCAGAAAUGCAUUUGCGCGUUCUCAUCAGCCGAAUUCUUUUCAUCGGAUAGACGGGAUGACUGGGAGAGGAUAGUUGGCGGUACAAAAGCGGCAAAUGGAUCAGUCCCUUACCAGGUGUCUCUCCGUAUUUGGGGAGUAAGACACUUCUGUGGAGCGUCCAUCAUCACACCCAGAGUUAUUUUAACAGCCGCUCACUGUGUAGACAGGCUAAAGCCCCAAUAUUUCCAAGCGAUCGUAGGCACCAACCAGCUUCGAUCUGGCGGCGCAGCCUACAAAAUUCGCAAAGUGGUUCAACAUGAGAAAUACGACGAUGACCUUAUCAUUAAUGACAUAGCUAUUAUUUUCACCGAUGAGGCGAUGGAGUUCAGCAGUACAGUAGAUGCUAUAGAGUUGAACGAUGAACCGGUUGACAAGGACGAAGAAUUGUUGUUAACUGGGUGGGGAACGACAUCGUACCCUGGGCAUUUACCAAAUGACCUGAUGCAGCUUCAGCUCAAGGCAGUCACCUACGAAGACUGUAAGGAAGCCCACAAAACUGUCAACGCAGUCUUCACCACUCAGAUAUGCGCACUCACCAAGGCCGGUGAAGGUGCUUGUCACGGUGAUUCUGGAGGUCCUCUGGUAAGAGAAGGAAGGCAAGUCGGCGUUGUAUCCUGGGGCGUCCCGUGUGCUAGGGGCAAACCUGAUGUUUACACUAAGGUGGAAUCUUACAUGGAUUGGAUUGAGAAAACUCUUAUGGAUGACGACGAAGAUCACUGGUUGCAUGUGCGCAGAAGAACAAAUAACAAACAUUAA